AUGGAAGAAGAAGAUUCACAGGCUCGGUUUACCGCGCUCAUCUCCGGAACUGCUGCUGACAAGCUGCCGAGAGAUAGCUACAUCGCCACUUCUCUGAAACACCGCUUGGGAGCAGGAGUGCGCGAAAUGUCGCCAGGCGUGUAUGGAGGCCAGAAUACACGUCGUACGUUGCUUAGCGUGGGGCCCGGUGGGAAGACGAGCGGCGCGUCGCACGCAGCCCCCGGGGACCUCGUCCGCCGCGGCCACCGAGAUGGACAGCGUGCUAGCCUCAUUAACGCUGCAAGGUUUUCUUCACCUUUGAUGCAGACAGAUGGAGAAAGACUUAAUGAAGAUCUCCGACCGCAUACACCCGGAGAAGCUAUGUUGACGAGCUCUCGACCCUCGCAGCCAAGAGAGCUCGUAAAGCUCAGGACGAGUAAGAGCUUGCACCAGCGGUCGGACGCGAGCGCCCCUCGUACGGAAUAUCACGGUUCUGGCAAUCCUGGCGGCGGUCCACACCGCCUGACGACACACGACAAUCUCCCAUACCCUCCUACACACUCCCGGAGCGCGUCAGUCGCUAGCUUUGGAAACUCCGUCCAAGAUGAAGAUAUCUCUUCUAUCAUGAUGAGGGGUGCCAACGAUCUGAGAAAUGCGAAAUACGAAAUGGAGGAGCUGCGUCGUGAGGUGGCUUUUCUGAAGACGCAGAUCGAUUCUACGAAGAGCGAGAAAGUGGAACUCAUGCAACGCAUCAAGUCAGUGAAGGAUGCAGCGCGGCAGGGAUUGGAAGCGACCUCCCGGAGCUUGGGAGGGAUGAGAGCUUCCAUGGAUGGUUUAAAAGCCCAAUCUGACGAGACCUUUGCAUUCUACAUCCAGGCAAAAGCCGUCAUGCCAGACGUCAAGGAACUCCGAGAAACUGUGUCAGAAUCCAUUAAAAGUCUUGAAGCAGUGCUUGACGAGGACGGGCACUUAGUAGAGGUCACGAAGACGAAAGAGGUUUUGACCGAACUCAAUCUACGAUGCACAGGAACUAUGCAGGUUGCAGAGAUGCUCCGCGAGAAGCUCCAGUCCGUCGGCGCAGAUCUUAUUGAAGCCAAAGAUCGCGUCGCAGAACUCGAGGGCAUUCAAGCUGCGGACAUAGAUACAUUGCGCUUAUCAAGCGUCCGUCUUUCGGGAGCUAACGAGCAGAUCCAGAAGUUCGCGGAUGCCAUGAAGUGUCAACAGACGGAACUGCAUGACGCAUUGAUGGCCUCUGCUGAGCUGGAGGCCCAGCUCUCCAGCGCGAAUGAGCGUGCGGAACAACUUAGUCAAUCGAUCCAGAACAAGGAUUCAGAGCUGGAAGCUAUGACCCAGCUUCAGUCCGAGGUUAAACGACUAGAGCAGCUCCUCGGAGAGCGUGACACGCAGGUGGUCGAGUUGAAAGCUCUUCGAGAGAGCUUUGACAGCUUGACUACGCGUUCUACCGAGCAGCUCGCGCAAGUUUGCUCUCUAGAGGCUACCAUCCAAGCGAGGACCGAGGCCAUUGCACAGCUGGAGGGCAGGAUCGCCAACAAGGAAUCGCAGUAUCAGGAAUCACAGAACGCUCUGCAGGCUGUCAAAUACGAGCUAGGUAGUGCGACAACCCAGGUAGCAAGCCUCCAGAGCGACGUUACGUGGAAAUCGGAAGAGCUCAAAUCGCUCGAGAUGAAACUGGAAUCUUCCAUGGCGGAGCUGCUGGAGCGUCAGAAUGAGGCCGAUCGACGCAGCGAAACGAUGCACGACCUCGAAACCAAAUAUCAGGUGAUGGAGGAGCGCUAUGAGACUCAGCUAAUGACAACGAAGUGCGCACAGGGGACGCAAGUGGAGCUCCAGGACCGGCUCAUCGAAGCGGAGAAGAAAUUCGCUCACGAUCUCGAGAUGGUCACGGGAAAAUCUAAGGUUGAGAUCGCCGUCUUAGAACAAGAGAAGGCCACGCUUCAAUCAAGGGUCAAUGACCUCGAGGGGACCGUACGUGCUCAGCGAGAGGAGAUAACCACAAUCAAAGCGGAUUACGACGGGCGCGUAGCAAAGCAGGAGGACAACAGCCGCGUGCAGCUGGAACUCGCAGAGAAGCGCAUCGGCGAUGUGCAGUCAGCUCUAGACCAAGCUCGAGCGUCCGUGAAGAGUUUUGAGGAACAAAUUGCCUCAGGGAAGCAGGAGAUCUUCACUCUGCGACAAGAACUUCGGGAAGCUAGGCUCCCCGAUCCUGCUCAUAAAGAUGCCAUCGAUACGCUGACCGGUCAGAUUUCGGCGCUCCGCCUGGAAAACACCGAGCUUGUGCUGCGUGCCAGGAGUAUCGAUGCGCGUUACAGGACAGGGGACCUGAACGAAGAAGAGAAGACGUUCAUUAACGCGCUUAUUCAAACUUCACAGUCGAUCCACGAGCAAGAACUAGUCUCUAAAGGCAACGAACUUAGACGCCGCGACAACACGAUCAAGGAGCAGCAGACCCGAAUACAGGUGCUUGAAGGAACCCUUGCUAAGCACCUCAAGGCGAUGAGCAAGCCGAUCGCACUACCUGUUACUGCCGCUGAAAACCGGUCGCUGAUUGACCCCACUGUAUGGGUUGCAUCGUCGGAUAAAAGCAAGUCUCCGCCACAGACGGCCGAGGAAGACGUCACUUCCACAAAUGUCGAUAACACCAUGACCGCCAGGCCUACUCCAGCACCUGUCCGCCCCGUCGCCAAGCCUGCUUUGACAGCCGUGCCGCAGCCCGAUCCGAACACCAAGGCGCGUGUGGCCCGAACACCUGCCCACCUGCGCCCCUUCGCCCCAGCUGGCGCUCCAACCACGAAGUCCUCGCCUGCACAACCUAAGAAAGUGCCGUCACCUGCGGGCAUGCCCCCUAUGAGUUCGAGUCCGCUGGUAUACCCACAGCCGAAGACGCCGGCUGUCCGCGGCCUUGGCGGCGGUGCGAAGAAGACAGUAGCGAUCGCCCAUAACGCCGGGCAGAGGGCAAAUUUCCGACGACUGGACACUACAAUGUCCGAUGACAUCCAGGACUUCGAGGACAAGAGUCGCAAGACUAGCCCGGUUGGUACGCCUCCGGAGGCGAACUCCGCGGAGCCUACCCGAGCGAGCAAGAAACGAGACAAACCUUCGGACACUGCAUCGCGCGGUACUGACUCCGAAGCCGGACAGAGAACCAGCAUGCGAAGCCGGGCCCCCAUCCAGCAGGAUGAACCUGUUCUGAAGGUAAGCCCUCGAAGUGCGUUCCGCUAAUACCGCUUAUACUCGUGCCUGCAAGCGUAUCGACAGCUCGCAGGUGAAGUCUAAGACGA